AUGAAAUUAUUUUAUAUCAUCAUAAUUUGCUUGAUUUCGUCGUUAAGUGAAGGGCGAUCUGGUGGUGGUCGUGAGACAAGUUCAUGUAUCGCUGAUUAUCUUAAGAGCAAAGGAUUAAUUGAGAGUAAUUUGGGAUCGGAUAGACCAUUGAAUCCUUUGUGUACAACGGUUGUACAAGUGACAAAAAGUCAUAUUAUGGACAGCGUUAAGCUUGAAGUAAUGAGUGAUAAAAACAUGAAGAAGGAAGUUGAUUGCGUAAUAGAGAAUUUAUCGAAAACCGACUUUUCCAACAAUCUUCUUGUUGUGUAUGUUUAUGAAACAUCAGAUAACAUUGUGGAUAGAGAGAAGAAAAUACAAGAAGCUCAAUCAAAAGUAACGAGGGCAACGUUCGAUGCAUUCUUAAGAUGUAAAAGUGAGAAAAACUUUGGAUUAUAUUUCGAUGACCUGCUGGAAGUUGAUAGCUCUGCAGUUGAGGAAGAGGAAGCGUCUCAUAAAGAAGAUUAUUGCAUACGGAAGUACAUAAUUGAGAAGAGACUCAUCGAUCUUGAGAUUUAUAACUUGAAAAUGAAUCCGAAGAAUCUCGAUACAACAAAGAUUAAUUGCACUUAUUUGACUCCAAAAUACAUUAAAGAUUUUGAAGAUGAUCUUGUUAGAACUCUUUUAGAUGACUCGUCAGAAGACUCUGCUGAAGAGCCUAAGGAACUCAAUCCGAUUGAAGUUGCAUGCUUAUGGAAUGCUAUCCGAAAAGGCAAAUACGUCGAUGAAAUGAUUCCAUACAAUUACCUGAAAGAAUUUAAUUUAGGUUCAGAAACAAAAAGAAAUUUACGUUCGAAGUUUGUUGCUUUUAUGAGAAAUCUUUCUGAUAGUUUAACAAAAUGCACUUUGUAA